AUGGGGGCGGAGAUGAUGAAGGCAGAGGAGGAGGAUGUGAAGGCAGAUAAAGAGAUGAAUGCAGAGGAAUGGGCAAAUCGAGUAGUUCCUAGAUUUCAACACGAGUUGGCAGAGACUCUUGCCUUCAGUGAGUAUGUAUAUCUGAAUGACAUUCAGACAAACCAGAUUAACGAGUUUGUCCAGCAUCUCCAAAAGAAAGGCGCAGAGCUGACGACUGAUAUGGAGGAAAUCAUACAGGAGAAGGAAGCAAAGGAAGCGGUAGAAUGGGAGGAGGAGGGGGAGGAGCUGGAGGAGUUGGAGGCAGAGAAGGUGGAGAUGAAGGCAGAGGAGGAGGGGCGGAAGGUAGAGGAGGAGGAGCUGAAGGCAGAGGAGGAGGGGCUGAAGGUAGAGGAGGAGGAGGUGAAGGCAGAGGAGGAGGGGCUGAAGGUAGAGGAGGAGGGGCUGAAGGCAGAGGAGGAGGGGCUGAAGGUAGAGGAGGAGGAGGUGAAGGCAGAGGAGGAGGGGCUGAAGGUAGAGGAGGAGGGGCUGAAUGCAGAGGAGGAGGAGGUGAAGGCAGAAGAGGACGAGGAGGUGAAUGGCAUUCAGACAAACCAGAUUAACGAGUGUGUCCAGGAUCUUCAAGGGACAGGCGCAGAGCUGACGACUGAUAUGGAGGAAAUCAUACAGGAGAAGGAAGCAGAGGAAGCGGCAGAAUGGGAGGAGGAGCUGAAGGCAGAGGAGGAGGGGCUGAAGGUCAAGGAGGAGGAGAUGAAUGACAUUCAGACAAACCAGAUUAACGAGUUUGUCCAGGAUCUCCAAGAGAAAGUUGCAGAGAAGGAGGAGGAGCUGGAGGCAGAGGAGGAGGAGGUGAAGGCAGAAGAGGAGGAGGAGAUAAAUGACAUUCAGACAAACCAGAUUAACGAGUUUGUCCAGGAUCUCCGAGGGAUAGGCGCAGAGCUGACGACCGAUGAGGAGGAAAUUAUACAGGAGAAGGAAGCAAAGGAAGCGGUAGAAUGGGAGGAGGAGCUGAAGGCAGAGAAGGAGGGGCUAAAGGUCGAGGAAGAGGAGAUGAUUGCAGAGGAGGUGGAGGAAAAUUUAAUGAAGGCAGUAAAGGAGGUGAAACCAGAGGAGGGGAAGGAGGAGAUAACGGCAGAGGAGGAGGAGGAGGAGGAGGAGGAGAUGACGGCAGAGGAGAAAGAGGAGGAGGUGAAGGUAGGGGAGGAGGGGAUGAAGGUAAAAGAGGAGUUGAAGGCAGAGGAGGAGCUGAUGGCUGAGGAGAAGAUCAUGGCGCUGGAGGAGCCGCCAUUCACUUUGGUUGCGGAGGCUAAGGUCACAGAGGAAGACAGAGAGCUAGAGGACGAGAAGGUAGUGAAGCCAUCAGAAAUGACGGAGGAGUUACGAGAGUUUGCUGAAACCUUGUGGAACGAAACGCGGAUGGAGAAGAUGAAGAUGAAGAAGGGGCAAAUACACGAGGAUGAAAAGAUCAUUAACGAAAUGAAAGAGGCACUGGAGGGAGCACUAGAGGCCAAAGACUUCAAAGAGGAGAGGAAGAUAAAUGUAAAGAAUGAAGAUAGGAAGAAGGAGAGUGAUCAAGAUAACAAAGAUCAGGCUGUUGUAACUGGAAGGAGACGGAAAUGGUGGCAAUUGUUAUGCUGUUUUGGUUGGAGGAGGCGCAGCAGACGUUCUUAA